AUGCCGGGGCGCGCGUAUCCCGAGGCUCGCCGCGCCGCCUUCAUCUUCGCCCUGGUCAUCGCGUUCCUCCCCACCCGCCAGGCGCAGGAAAUGGAAGAAACAGAACUGUCAGCAGAAAUGCCCACAGACAUGGGAAGCCAGGAUGAAGAGGCUACGGUUCCAAGCACAUUUGCUGUGGUGACCACAGAAAUAUUCACUGUCAGUAUGAGUUCUACCCUUAUUAAUGAAGAUGCAGGCCAAUUACAGUUUAUAUUAAUGGGGUUGAUCCCAGUGAUUUUAUUGGUCGUCCUACUUUUAUCCGUGGUACUCUUUGUAAUAUACCAUAAAAGAAAAAGGAAUAAACAAGAGCCCUCUAGACAAGGAUCUCGGAGUGCUUUUCAGACACAUGACCUGGGAAGUGAAAACAUGAAAGUCCCUAUUUUUGAGGAAGACACACCCUCUGUGAUGGAAAUUGAAAUGGAAGAGCUUGAUAAGUGGAUGAACAGCAUGAAUAAAAAUGCCAACUAUGAGUGUUUACCUACUUUAGAGGAAGAAAAGGAACCAAACCACAGCAACCCAAGUGACAAUGAAUCCUGA